UCAGUCUUAAGAUUGAGAUCCUUGAACCUGCAGAGCCCAAGGAACAACAAAGAGCAUCACACUUCUGAGAUCGGUUCUGAGAGACUGUUUGUUCGAAGGGCUCAGGCUUUCGUCAUCACCCUGAACUUCGACAGGCCCUUCCAUGCAGGCACAGACAAGAUCAUCUUCACUGCUGAGACAGGUCCACAGCCCACAGAGUCACUGGGAACCAAAGUGAGUUUUGUCCCAACCAAGGCCAGAGAUGGGAACCACUGGAGUGUUUUUGAUUUCAGUACAUACGAGAACUCACUCCAGGUAUCCCUGUCUUCUCCAGCUAAUGCCAUCAUUGGUCGCUAUCUUUUGAAGGUAGAGAUCUCUCACUCAUCAGGCCAAGCUGAAUCUUAUCAGCUUGGGGAGUUCAUCCUGCUUUUUAACCCUUGGAAUUCAGAGGAUGAAGUCUAUCUGCCUAGUGAAGCACAGUUGCAGGAGUAUGUUAUGAUGGACUAUGGAUUCAUUUUUAAAGGGCACGAAAACUGGAUUACUCCAUGGCCUUGGAACUAUGGACAGUUUGAAGAUGACAUUAUAGACAUCUGCUUCGAGAUACUAGACAGAAACCUGAACUUCUUAAACAAUCCCUCUGAGGACUAUUCCCAGAGAAACAGCGUCAUGUACAUCUGUAGGGUGGUGAGUGCCAUGAUCAACAGCAAUGAUGACAAUGGGGUGUUACAGGGGAAUUGGAGUGAAGAUCACUCCACAGGCGUCAACCCUUUGGAAUGGAAUGGGAGUGUCGUCAUCCUGAGACAGUGGCAUGCCACCGGAGGUCAGCCUGUGAGAUAUGGGCAGUGCUGGGUCUUUGCGGCUGUGAUGUGCACAGUGAUGCGAUGCUUGGGAGUUCCAACUCGAGUAGUUACCAAUUUCCGAUCCGCACAUAAUACAGACGGCAACCUGACCAUUGACAUGUUCUAUGAUGAACGUGCAGAGAUGAUGCCAUGCGAGAGAAGAGAUAAAAUAUGGAAUUUCCAUGUCUGGAAUGAAUGCUGGAUGACCAGAAGAGAUCUGCCAGCAGGAUAUGAUGGAUGGCAGGUCCUGGAUCCAACCCCCCAGGAAACCAGCAGAGGGGUGUUCUGCUGUGGGCCAGCCUCUGUCAGAGCUAUCAAAGAAGGGGACGUGCAACUAGCCUAUGAUACACCUUUCGUGUUUGCUGAGGUGAAUGCGGAUGAAGUGAUCUGGCUCCAGGAGUCUGGCCAAGUGAAAGAGAUCCUUUCCCACAACACCAGUGCCAUCGGGAAAAAGAUAAGCACCAAGAUGGUGGGCUCUGACAAACGCCAGGAUGUCACCAGCUCCUACAAGUACCCAGAAGGAUCUGCAGAAGAACGUUCUGUGUUCAUGAAGGCUUCCCAAAUAUUGCUGGGCCCAACUGGGUCUUCUUACCCCUACAUGGAACGGAUGCGAACAGCCUGGUUCCAAGAAAGACCAGUCAAGCUGCAUCUCAAGCUGGCCAGAACCCCUGAGUGGGGCCAGGACUUAGCAUUUUUCCUGAAGGCCAGGAGGCUUCAGGGCUCGGAGAUGGGAAUUGAGCAGCUCCUGCUGCAUGUGUGGCUUAGUGGCCAAGCCCUGCUCCAUGGGGGCAAUGCCCAGGCUCCGCUCUGGAAGGACGAGUUGAACUUUGGCCUGGUCCAAGGGGAAGAGAAAGAGAUGCCGAUAACCCUGCCUUUCACCCACUACAAAGACCAGAUAAGUGAUGAAAAGCUGAUCCGCCUGUCAGGAAUUGUGGAAAUCGAGCAGACAAAGAGGAAGCUGCUCGUGAUCAAAGACGUCUCCUUGGAGCUGCCCCACUUGACCAUCGAGGUUUUUGGGCAGGCAGUAGUGAACAAGAAACUAAGUGUCUCCAUCAGCUUCACCAAUACUCAGCAUGAACCACUUCAGAACUGUGUAUUGGUGCUGGAAGGGAGUGGCUUGAUUGAAGGACAGAUGACAAUUAAUCUGGGCACCAUACAAUCUGGAAACACCAUCCAAGCCGAGGUAGAUCUACUCCCCACCAAAGAGGGAUCCAGGCAACUUCAAGCACUGGUCAGCUGCAAGGAGGUCAAGGAGAUCAAAGGCUACAAGGACAUCUUUGUAGCCUCAGCCAGCUCAUCCUGA